AUGCCAACAUUCGAGUCGAAGCCGCUACGAAAGUCAAAUUCGUGGCUGGCGAGGUUGGCGCCUCAAGUACGACGCAGGCCACUGCUCUUCUUUGGACUCCCCUUCCUGGCGACCAUCGUUGGAGCUAGUUUCGGACUGGCCAACCUUACACAGACACGAUACGACUACAAUGCGACCAAGGUGCAAACCAUAUCCAAAGAAGAGGAGCUGCGCAUGAAGAAGGAUCGGAAAAGGAUCGAUAUUCGUGAAGAAUACUUCAAGCUGCAAUCAAAGCAGGAUGAGUUGGACGACUGGGAGCCAAAGAGGAUCGAGCGUCCCGACGGUGUUGCAGAAUGGGGUGUGGCGCCAACAAUGUACAAGUCGAUUCAGACCGAGAAUCUCUCGGAUCGAGACGCUGCAAGUGAGAAGAGCAACGGGUUUAGCGCCGAUAACGUACGUACCUCCAGUAAGCAACCCCAAGUGGUGCUUGGCCCAGACGGCAAACCAUGCCGUGCUUGCAACUCGAAGCUAGCUUUUGCUGCUGCUAUGAAAGGUGCCAAGGCGUCUCCGCAAAGCAGCGAAAGUCGAGAUUCGAUCCGCGCCAAAGCAGCAGUCUCAGCAGCAGCAAUAGCCGCCACCUCAUCAUCGACAAAUGCAUGUCCACCUGACGGCGGGGAACUUGGUCGAUCUGCUUGGACCCUUUUGCACUCUGCUGCAGCCUACUUUCCUGAGGAUCCAUCUGCUCAGCAGAAAAACUCGAUGCUUGCUCUCUUCCGUGCCCUACCUCACAUUUACCCGUGCCACUCCUGUGCUGAAGCGCUGGGAGAAGAGUACCAACGGGAGGACAAAGAGGGCGGAUGGGAGGAUAGCAACUUGAAACUUGCCAGCGCCGUACGCUCUGGACCAUCACUGCGAAAGUGGCUCUGUGGCAUUCAUAACGAGGUCAACCAGCGUCUCGGAAAGCCAACAUUCGCCUGCACUGAAGCCAAGCUGUCCGAGAGAUGGCUUCAGGGGCCUGCUGACGGCAGCUGCGACUGA